GGAACAUCAAAGCAGCUAGACGUCUGGUAUUCGUAUAGAUACUACAGCUCGCGUGUAGUAAGGCGUGGAUAUCUAGAGCUGGUGGACAACGUCGCAAAUCAAGAUCAGGACGAUCAUCGCGUCACGUCUGGAUGCGAAUGAAAAGAUUCAUUGAGAGCACGACCUGUAGUUGUAGCACUCCGACCGCUGUGAAUUCGAGAAAUAAAUGCGAUCCUGCAUUUUCGGUCGUGAAGAUCGCGAAAAAAGGUCGGUUCACAAGACUCGAUGUUUCUCUGAAGCAAUUGGAAUUGACGAGGAUCUGUCAGGCGCAAGCCUGUCGAUCAACCCGAGGUAAACUUGGUCGUAAAACCUGGUAUCAGUAAAUGAAAAUUUCGGUCACCCAUAAGAAUAAGAAUCGCGGCUCGCCGCACAUGCGUUCGGUCGUGAAGACAUUUUUGUAGUUAUGCGGAAGCAAAGAUCAUGAUCAAUAACAAGCUCGGUGAAAAAUCUAAAUCUCGUGUCCGGCUUCAUGUGAUAACCGAAAGAAAAUUGUCGCCUCGUUAGAACUAGAAGCAGCUUUAUGGAGACUAAGCAGCACAACUGUAUUUUCAUUUUGAUUUACUACUGGUCGCCUUCUUCAUCUUCUCGAGCUUUAUUUCCAGUGCUUUGACUAUCGGUUACGAAGCGAACUUUCUUGAUUUCACGACCUACAUUUUGAAGCGAAACUCUUCUUCUAGUACACUUCCCCACGUACUCGUACGCCUGCUACUAGUAUUAUUUUUCAAUUCUCGCUCUCGCAUAUUUUUACUUCACAACCCAACGCCCUAUAGAAGUUCUUUGUCCUUGUCAAACUCAAAAUCUUUAAACUAACAUAAACAUUGAAAAUGAUACAGCAACGCCUCGUCCUGCUUGGAUUCAAGCUUCUCUUCGCAGCCCUUGUGCCUGACAAUUUUUACAGUAUUUUUCCCAGCACACCGAACACCACAUUCGCGGUUCACGCGCUAAAGCUGAGUCUGACCCGCGUCAGCCCAGAAGCGAUAUUGGAAGGAGAUAGACUUCCUCGCGUUUUGGAAGAAGGACCCAGAAGCGGCCGUCUCGGGUUGGGCUCUGGAGGUGGAACCGUAGUCGCCAACAAUGUUGGGGCAUUGCAAACACAAGCGCAACGGCAUUUGCAGGAGCUGCAGGAGCAGGGGCGCAUGGCUGCUACUGCGGCUCGUGUGGAUGAAGUAGGUGAAAACUACGGGGGAGAGGCAGGCGCUGUUGUUGUAGAUGAUGCGCAAGAACCACCGGGACGAGGAGAACAGCAAGGGGCCGCCCCUGUGGUACAACCGGAAAGACGCCAGCAUCAACACCGCGCCCAGUACCUCCACAACCAUGGCGAUCGUGCGGCACCGGCACCACAGAAUACUGGAGCCGUGAGGACGGCACCGGGACCAACUACCAACCAGCUGCGUUAUAACGAGGGACGCGGUGAGGAAGAGCAGGCGAGGAACGCGAGGGCAAGCCGGGAGCUGCGGGAUAUACUCGGCAUCCCCGAACAGCCUCCGCCCGUUGGAGGUUUCGGUCGUGAGCUACUACAACCGGGCGAGCGUCGUCGGGCCUCUGCUUCUCGUCAACAUGUACAGCCGGUGCACCGUGGUCGGCCAACCCCAUAAUUGAGGACUUUGAGUUACUGCAGCGGCGGGCUGCUGCUCCAGCCAGCCGCCUGAAGUUGUUGUAUGGUUACGUCGAGUCCUGCUCACUCUACAGUGCUCCUUUCUACUACGCGAUAGACAAAGAGUAAUUGAGGGGUUGACUACAACGUUAUUAUAACCAAGCAACCGACUACGUACAAAAUCAAAAAUAAUUACAGUUAUGCAAAUUUCAAAGGAGUCCGAUGCGAGUUAGUAGCUCUGGUGACAUAAUCUUCACCAUUUAUUUUUGGCCUGAAGUGAACAGUUACUGUUGACGGUUAUUUUUUGUACUCCACGAGGACCAAAAGGAGGAAGGCUGCUGAAGAUUCAAAGACAAAUAAGGUAGAGCAAAAUAAGCUUAAUAAGCCGCCGGAGCUCAACGUCGCAUGGUCGUGAAGGGUGGAUACACCACCGCCUGCUAGAAGUCAGAACGCUAAGGUAGAGUUCGCGGCGUGUUUGAGUGUGACAAGGAAGAUCCGCUACUUUUUGAUUUUUUAUUUUCCGUGGUUUGAUUUCUUGCUUGUUUUUUGAAUUUUGAAAGCCCGAAUUGAUUUUUGCCUUGUGUUCCGCGCAAGCAAGAAUUCUGUCGUGUGAACCGCGCAAGCGUAGUAGCACGAUAUAAAUCUUUGCUUUCGCUUGAGAGAUAGAA